GCAGGCUCCAGGGCUGUGUUCUCGUGUCUCAACUAGCCCAAAAGUCUCGUUAGCCCUCCGAAAUGCCGAAGCCACAAGUUCAAGAGGGCGAGGACCCCGAUCCGACUCCAUACCUGUUCGUUUCUCUCGAACAGAAACGUAUCGACCAAAGCAAGCCCUACGAUGGUAAGAAGGCUUGCUGGGUGCCCGACGAGAAGGAGGGCUUCGUCCAGGGUGAAAUCAAGGCCACCAAGGGAGAGCUGGUGACAGUCAACCUGCCCGGAGGCGAGACCAAAGACUUCAAGAAGGACCUAGUUGCCCAAGUCAACCCGCCUAAGUACGAAAAAUGCGAGGAUAUGUCCAACUUGACAUACCUCAACGACGCUUCAGUUUUGUAUAACUUGAAGCAAAGAUAUUACCAUAAACUUAUUUACACGUACUCCGGUCUCUUCUGUGUGGCCAUCAACCCUUACAAGAGAUUCCCCGUGUACACUACACGAUGCGCCAAGCUCUACCGUGGCAAGCGCCGUUCAGAGGUGCCACCCCACAUCUUCGCCAUUUCCGACGGCGCUUACGUCAACAUGUUGACCAACCACGAGAAUCAAUCUAUGUUGAUUACCGGUGAGUCUGGUGCUGGUAAGACUGAAAACACGAAGAAGGUAAUUGCUUACUUCGCUACCGUCGGUGCGUCUCAAAAGAAGGAUCCUACCCAGGAGAAGAAGGGAUCCCUGGAAGACCAGGUCGUACAAACUAACCCUGUGCUUGAAGCCUUUGGUAACGCCAAGACUGUGCGUAACGACAACUCUUCCCGUUUCGGUAAAUUCAUCCGUAUCCACUUCGGACCCUCUGGAAAACUGGCUGGUGCUGACAUAGAAACCUAUCUGCUUGAGAAGGCUCGUGUCAUCUCCCAACAGUCCCUUGAGCGUUCCUACCACAUCUUCUACCAGAUGAUGUCCGGUUCCGUCCCUGGACUCAAGGCACUGUGUCUUUUGUCUAACGACGUAAUGGACUACAACAUCGUAUCACAAGGCAAGACUGUAAUCCCUGGCGUCGACGACGGCGAGGAAAUGAAACUUACAGACCAAGCUAUGGACGUUCUUGGUUUUACCCAAGAAGAAAAGGACAAUGUAUACAAGAUCACCGCCGCUGUAAUGCACAUGGGUUGUAUGAAGUUCAAGCAGAGGGGUCGUGAGGAACAGGCAGAAGCUGACGGCACUGAGGAUGGUGACAAGGUUGCCAAGCUCCUCGGAGUCGAUUGUGCGGAUUUAUACAAGAACUUGCUGAAGCCUCGCAUCAAGGUCGGAAACGAGUUCGUCACCCAGGGUCGUAACAAGGACCAGGUCAUCAACUCCGUCGGUGCCCUUUGCAAGGGUGUGUUCGAUCGUCUGUUCAAGUGGCUCGUGAAGAAGUGUAACGAAACUCUAGACACCAAGCAGAAGAGACAACACUUCAUUGGUGUACUGGAUAUUGCUGGUUUCGAGAUCUUCGACUACAACGGUUUUGAACAACUCUGCAUUAAUUUCACCAAUGAGAAACUCCAGCAAUUCUUUAACCACCAUAUGUUCGUGUUGGAGCAAGAAGAAUACCAACGCGAAGGCAUCGAAUGGACUUUCAUUGACUUUGGCAUGGAUCUUCAGAAUUGCAUUGACCUUAUAGAAAAGCCUAUGGGUAUCCUCUCAAUUCUUGAGGAAGAGUCUAUGUUCCCUAAAGCUACCGAUCAAACCUUCGUUGAAAAGUUGAACAACAACCACUUGGGUAAAUCUGCUCCUUACCUGAAGCCCAAACCCCCCAAGCCUGGUUGUCAAGCCGCCCACUUCGCCAUCGGUCACUACGCCGGAAAUGUCGGCUACAACAUCACUGGAUGGCUUGAGAAGAACAAGGAUCCCCUUAACGACACUGUCGUAGACCAAUUCAAGAAGGGUAGCAACAAACUGUUAGUCGAGAUCUUUGCUGAUCAUCCCGGACAGUCCGGUGACGCCGGUGGUGGUGGUGGCAAGGGGGCUGGUGGCAAGCGUGCCAAGGGUUCUGCAUUCCAGACCGUAUCAUCACUUUACAGGGAACAACUGAACAACCUGAUGACCACUCUGAGGUCGACCCAACCUCACUUCGUACGUUGUAUCAUUCCCAAUGAAACGAAGACUCCUGGUCUCAUCGACUCUCACCUUGUUAUGCACCAGCUGACCUGUAACGGUGUGCUUGAAGGCAUCCGUAUUUGCCGUAAAGGUUUCCCCAACAGGAUGGUAUAUCCCGACUUCAAGCUCCGCUACAAGAUCCUGGCUCCACAAGCCUGCGCUAAGGAAUCUGACCCUAAGAAAAUCGCCCAAGUCAUUUUGGAUACAACUGGCUUGGAUGUCGAGUCAUACCGUCUGGGUCACACGAAGGUAUUCUUCCGUGCCGGUGUCUUGGGUCAGAUGGAAGAGUUGCGUGACGAUAGGCUGUCCAAGAUUAUCUCUUGGCUCCAAGCAUACAUCCGUGGUUACCUGUCCCGUAAGGAAUACAAGAAGUUGCAGGAACAGAGAUUGGCUCUCCAAGUUGUCCAGCGCAACUUGCGCAAGUACUUGCAGCUCCGCACCUGGCCAUGGUGGAAACUCUGGCAGAAGGUCAAGCCUCUUCUCAACGUCACCCGCAUCGAGGAUGAAAUCGCGAAAUUGGAAGAGAAAGCACAAAAGGCCCAGGAAGCCUUCGAAAAGGAAGAGAAACUCCGAAAGGAAGUUGAGGCCCUUAACAGCAAGCUUCUGGAAGAGAAGCAAGCCCUUCUGUCUACACUUGAGGGAGAGAAGGGUUCUCUUUCCGAGACCCAAGAGCGUGCUGCUAAACUCCAGGCCCAAAAGGCUGACCUCGAGAGUCAACUUAGGGAUACUCAAGACCGUCUUACUCAAGAAGAAGAUGCCCGUAACCAACUCUUCCAAGCCAAAAAGAAGUUGGAGCAGGAAGUCUCCGGUCUUAAGAAGGACAUUGAAGACCUCGAACUUUCCGUCCAGAAGUCUGAACAGGAUAAGGCAACUAAAGACCACCAAAUCCGCAACUUGAAUGAUGAGAUCGCCCACCAGGACGAGCUCAUCAACAAACUCAACAAGGAAAAGAAACUCCAAGGUGAAUCCACUCAGAAGACAGCUGAAGAGUUGCAGGCUGCUGAAGACAAGGUCAACCACCUCAACAAGGUUAAGCAAAAGCUUGAGCAAACUCUUGACGAACUCGAGGACUCUCUUGAGCGUGAGAAGAAACUCCGCGCUGAUGUUGAGAAACAGAGGAGGAAGGUUGAGGGUGACCUUAAACUUACACAAGAGGCUGUUUCCGAUCUUGAACGCAACAAGAAGGAGCUCGAACAGACCAUCCAACGCAAGGACAAAGAAAUCUCUUCCCUUACUGCCAAGCUUGAGGACGAACAGUCUUUGGUUAGCAAGGUUCAGAAACAAAUCAAGGAACUGCAGGCCCGUAUCGAAGAAUUGGAAGAGGAAGUCGAAUCCGAACGUCAAGCUCGCGCAAAGGCUGAGAAACAACGUGCUGACUUGGCUCGCGAACUCGAAGAGUUGGGUGAGCGUCUUGAGGAAGCUGGUGGUGCAACCUCUGCUCAAAUCGAGCUUAACAAGAAGCGUGAAGCCGAGCUUAGCAAGCUUCGUCGGGACUUGGAGGAAGCUAACAUUCAACAUGAGUCUACCCUCGCUAACCUUCGCAAGAAGCACAACGAUGCUGUUGCGGAGAUGGGCGAGCAGCUAGACCAGCUUAACAAACUUAAGGCUAAGGCUGAGAAAGAGCGUUCUCAAUACUUUAGCGAAGUCAAUGACCUUCGCGCCGGUCUCGACCACUUAUCCAACGAAAAGGCUGGCCAAGAGAAGAUCGUCAAACAACUGCAACACCAACUUAAUGAAGUACAAGGUAGAGCUGAUGAGGCCAACCGUACCCUCAAUGACUUGGACGCCGCCAAGAAGAAGUUGUCCAUCGAGAACUCUGACCUUCUCCGUCAGUUGGAGGAGGCCGAGUCCCAGGUGUCUCAGCUAUCUAAGAUCAAGGUGUCGCUUACCACUCAGUUGGAAGACACCAAGAGGCUUGCUGACGAGGAGGCUAGGGAACGUGCCACCCUUCUCGGCAAGUUCCGCAACCUCGAGCACGACUUGGACAACAUUCGUGAACAAGUUGAAGAGGAAGCCGAGGGCAAGGCUGACUUACAACGCCAAUUAUCUAAGGCCAACGCUGAAGCUCAAUUAUGGCGUUCCAAGUACGAGUCUGAAGGUGUCGCUCGCUCCGAAGAACUUGAGGAAGCCAAGCGCAAACUCCAGGCCCGUCUUGCUGAAGCCGAAGAGACCAUUGAGUCCCUCAACCAGAAGGUCGUUGCUCUCGAAAAGACCAAGCAACGUCUUGCCACCGAAGUCGAGGACCUGCAACUCGAGGUUGACCGUGCUACCGCUAUUGCUAACGCAGCUGAGAAGAAACAGAAAGCCUUCGACAAGAUCAUUGGAGAAUGGAAACUUAAGGUUGAUGACCUGGCAGCUGAACUUGAUGCUAGCCAGAAGGAAUGCCGCAAUUACUCUACCGAACUGUUCCGUCUCAAGGGUGCCUAUGAAGAAGGACAGGAACAACUUGAAGCUGUCCGCCGUGAAAACAAGAACCUUGCCGAUGAAGUUAAGGACUUGCUUGACCAAAUCGGUGAAGGUGGUCGCAACAUUCACGAAAUUGAGAAGGCUAGGAAACGUCUUGAAGCCGAGAAAGAUGAACUCCAAGCUGCUCUCGAGGAGGCUGAAGCUGCUCUUGAACAAGAAGAAAACAAGGUCCUCCGUGCUCAACUUGAGUUGUCUCAAGUCAGACAAGAGAUUGACAGGAGAAUCCAAGAGAAGGAAGAGGAAUUCGAAAACACCCGCAAGAACCACCAACGUGCCCUGGACUCUAUGCAAGCUUCCCUCGAAGCAGAAGCCAAGGGUAAGGCUGAGGCCCUACGCAUGAAGAAGAAGUUAGAAGCCGAUAUCAAUGAACUUGAAAUCGCUCUUGACCACGCUAACAAGGCUAACGCUGAAGCACAGAAGAACAUUAAGCGCUACCAAGGACAAAUCAAGGACCUCCAGACAGCUCUUGAAGAGGAACAACGUGCUCGUGAUGACGCUCGUGAACAGCUUGGUAUCUCAGAACGUCGUGCCAACGCUCUUCAGAAUGAACUUGAAGAGUCUCGUACUCUUCUUGAACAGGCUGACCGUGCUCGCCGCCAGGCUGAACAAGAACUUGGCGAUGCUCAUGAACAGCUUAAUGAGUUAUCUGCCCAGAACGCUUCACUGUCUGCAGCCAAGAGGAAACUUGAAUCUGAGCUCCAGACCCUUCACUCUGACCUCGACGAACUUCUCAAUGAAGCUAAGAACUCUGAAGAGAAGGCAAAGAAGGCUAUGGUUGAUGCCGCCAGGCUUGCUGACGAACUCCGCGCUGAACAGGAGCACGCUCAGACCCAGGAGAAACUCCGUAAAGCCCUUGAACAACAAAUCAAGGAAUUGCAAGUCAGGCUUGACGAGGCUGAGGCCAACGCACUUAAGGGAGGAAAGAAGGCCAUCCAGAAACUCGAACAGAGGGUACGAGAACUCGAGAACGAGCUCGACGGCGAACAAAGGAGACAUGCUGAUGCCCAGAAGAACCUGCGUAAGGCUGAAAGACGCAUUAAGGAACUGUCCUUCCAAGCUGAGGAAGACCGCAAGAACCACGAGCGUAUGCAAGACCUUGUUGACAAACUGCAACAGAAGAUCAAGACCUACAAGAGGCAGAUCGAGGAAGCCGAAGAAAUCGCCGCCCUCAACUUGGCUAAAUUCCGCAAAGCACAACAAGAGCUUGAGGAAGCCGAGGAAAGGGCAGACCUUGCUGAGCAGGCCAUUAGCAAAUUCCGUGGCAAGGGACGUGCGGGAUCUGCUGCGAGAGGAGUCAGUCCGGCGGCGUCCGUUAAAGGGCGUCCAUAGAUCACCACUGGAUAAAUCCCCAACGCCAGCGCCCCGCCCACGACGGCUUCGGCACCUUCCCACCAAGGUUCGACCUGGCGCUUGAAAACGAUUUUUAAACGUUCCAAAACAGAAAAUAAACACGGACUGUACAGAUCGUUACCAUUCUAUAUUAUAACAGUGUUAAAAUGUGAAAAUGUAUUAAAUUGCGCCCAAAAUUUUUUUAGCUCUAUUAAUGUUUUUACGAAAGGUUAUUUUGUAACUUGUUGAUAUUUAUUUAUAAUUAUUUAUUACCGUGAUGUAUGUUCGCGGCUCGGUUCGGGUGUGCGAUCUCCCGAUCCCCAGAGACACACCUGACAACUUCACACGGAGCAGUUCGCACACCCCUCCCUCGCCAUUUUGACAUCCAAUAAAGAGAUAUCGUUGUCAUAAAUAUAAAUAA